CAUCCUUGAUGGGAUUCCAGGAUUGUCAUCUCCCAAACUUGAAAAACAAGACACGUGUCUGGGAGGGGACAUUCAUUUGCACCCAGUCAUUGAAAGUGGUUAGAAGAAACACCAGGUCCAUCCAAUAUCUAGAAGAAACACCAGGUCCACCCAGAAUCCAGCAAGGAUUUUGGCCAUGUGCAUUGAUACUGGGACGGUUUCCUUGGACAUAGAGAAGAGAGACAUCAGCUGCCCCCAAUGGCUGCUAAGAUCUUUGAGAACAUUGGCAAACUUAGUUUGGGCUUAGCAUUUGCUGGUGGAGUGGUCAACUCUAUUCUUUAUAACGUGGAUGCAGGUCACCGGGCGGUCAUCUUUGAUCGAUAUCUGGGUGUUCAGGAUGAGGUGAUAGGAGAAGGGACUCAUUUUCUCAUCCCCUGGCUGCAGAAGCCCAUAAUUUUCGACUGCCGUUCUCGCCCUCACAAUGUCCCUGUAACCACGGGGAGCAAAGAUCUCCAGAACGUGAAUAUUACACUCCGGAUCUUGUUCCGGCCGGUGAUAAUGCAGCUCCCUCGGAUUUACACAACGAUCGGUGAAGACUAUGACGACCGAGUGCUACCUUCCAUCACGACAGAGGUGCUCAAAUCGGUGGUGGCUCGCUUUGAUGCAGAGGAACUGAUCACACAGAGAGAGUUAGUUUCCAGACAGGUGAAUGAAGACCUGUCGGAACGGGCAGCUAGCUUUGGCAUCACUCUGGAUGACGUUUCGUUGACUCAUCUGACGUUCAGCAAGGACUUCUUGGAUGCGGUAGAAAUGAAGCAAGUGGCACAGCAGGAAGCAGAAAAGGCGAGGUUCUUUGUGGAAAAAGCUGAGUACCAGAAGAAAGCCAUUAUCAUCAUGGCCGAAGGAGAUUCCAAAGCUGCAGAGCUGAUUGCCAACUCCCUGGCUUCCGCAGGGGAAGGUCUUGUGGAACUGCGCAAACUUGAGGCAGCUGAGGACAUAGCAAAACAGCUGGCCCAGUCCCGCAAUGUUACCUACGUACCAUCAUCUCUCUUCCCACUACCUCGAUGAGUCUGCCUUGGGCCUGUUCCUUUUCUGUUUCUUCCUAUUCCCUUGACAGUAGCCAAAUUAGUCAAAACCUAUCAUGAAUAUCAACUGUAGAGUGUCAAGAUGAUGGCCAAAAUGUAAUGUGGAUUGGAAAAUUCCUCAUCUAGUAAAUUUCUCUUUCAAUGUCCAUAAA